UUCAAGAGGUGCCAACGUGGCUAUAACGGGAAAACUGGAUCCAAAAUCAACCAGUAAACUGGGUAGCUAGCUCUACGCCCCGCCCACCACCCUUGCCAGCCAAUAGCCUUCACAACUCUUCUGCCACUCCCGCCCAUUCCAGUGCUACGGCGCUGCUUUUUCCUCCGCUCUGAUCUCUUGAGUGCCGCUAGCCAGCUGUAUACGCGCCCCUCCUCAGCUUCAGUAGGCAAGAGGGCCAUCUGCCCUUCUCUCCUGAAAGUAAAGGGGACAACACCAGCUACGACGGGACUCCAGAAGUCAAUCUCUCGAAAAGCAGCGGGGCGAAAAGAAAGAAAAAGGGUUUCCGAGGACUUCCACUCACACCCACGCUUUCCCUUAACCCGGAAGUGAUUUCCGCCCCUCCUCUCCCUCUACGGUUGAGACUGGAGGAGAAGGACGGCCAGGUCUGGCCCGGCAUGCCCUGGGCUUCCGGUGACCUCUGGCCCUUUUCUGUCGUCCGCUCUCUGUGCCUAGCGUGCUCGCUCGCUCAUUGCCUUCCUUCCCUCUCUCGGUCUUCCUUCGCACGCUGCUUGGUGAUUGUGGCGCUCGCGACAGGCAGGGAGGCGGUGGCGGAGGACACUCGUCAUGGCCGCCUCUAAGCCUGUGGAGGCGGCGGUGGUCGCAGCAGCUGCACCAAGCUCCGGGAGUGGGGUGGGCGGCGGCGGGACUGCGGGCCCGGGCACGGGGGGGCUGCCGCGAUGGCAGCUGGCUCUGGCGGUCGGGGCACCCCUGCUGCUAGGCGCGGGUGCCAUAUACCUGUGGAGUCGGCAGCAACGGCGCCGGGAGUCCAGAGGCCGGGGCGACGCCAGCGGCCUGAAGCGCAACAGCGAACGGAAGACCCCGGAGGGCAGGGCCAGUCCGGCCCCCGGCAGCGGACACCCUGAAGGUCCCGGUGCUCACUUGGACAUGAACUCUCUUGAUAGAGCCCAAGCAGCCAAGAAUAAAGGCAAUAAAUAUUUUAAAGCAGGAAAAUAUGAACAAGCUAUUCAGUGCUAUACUGAGGCUAUUAGCUUGUGUCCUACAGAGAAGAAUGUCGACCUUUCUACAUUUUAUCAAAACAGAGCUGCUGCCUUUGAACAGUUGCAAAAAUGGAAAGAAGUGGCACAAGAUUGUACAAAGGCUGUUGAACUUAAUCCCAAAUAUGUGAAAGCUCUCUUUAGACGUGCAAAAGCCCAUGAGAAGCUAGACAAUAAGAAGGAAUGUUUAGAAGAUGUCACUGCUGUGUGUAUAUUAGAAGGGUUCCAAAAUCAACAAAGCAUGCUUUUAGCCGAUAAAGUUCUUAAACUCCUUGGAAAAGAGAAAGCCAAAGAAAAAUAUAAGAAUCGUGAACCUCUGAUGCCAUCUCCACAGUUUAUCAAAUCUUACUUCAGUUCUUUCACGGAUGAUAUCAUUUCCCAGCCCAUGCUUAAAGGAGAGAAGUCUGAUGAAGAUAAAGACAAGGAAGGGGAGGCUUUAGAAGUGAAAGAAAAUUCUGGAUAUUUAAAGGCCAAACAGUAUAUGGAAGAAGAAAACUACGAUAAAAUCAUAAGUGAAUGCUCAAAAGAAAUAGAUGCUGAAGGCAAAUACAUGGCAGAAGCAUUACUACUACGAGCUACCUUCUACCUGCUUAUUGGCAAUGCCAAUGCGGCCAAACCAGAUUUAGAUAAAGUCAUCAGUUUGAAAGAAGCUAAUGUGAAGCUUCGAGCAAAUGCUCUCAUCAAAAGAGGCAGCAUGUACAUGCAACAGCAGCAGCCUUUGCUGUCCACUCAGGAUUUUAACAUGGCUGCUGACAUCGACCCUCAGAAUGCAGAUGUUUAUCACCACCGAGGACAGCUGAAAAUACUCCUUGAUCAAGUUGAAGAAGCAGUGGCAGAUUUUGAUGAGUGUAUUAGGUUAAGACCUGAGUCUGCUCUGGCACAAGCACAGAAAUGUUUUGCAUUGUACCGCCAGGCAUAUACAGGAAACAACUCUUCACAAAUCCAAGCAGCUAUGAAAGGUUUUGAAGAGGUCAUAAAGAAAUUUCCAAGGUGUGCCGAAGGCUAUGCACUAUAUGCCCAGGCAUUAACAGAUCAACAACAGUUUGGUAAAGCUGAUGAAAUGUAUGAUAAAUGUAUUGAUUUGGAACCAGAUAAUGCCACAACAUAUGUUCAUAAAGGUUUACUUCAACUUCAGUGGAAGCAAGAUCUGGAUAGAGGUUUGGAACUUAUCAGCAAGGCUAUUGAAAUUGACAAUAAAUGUGAUUUUGCCUAUGAAACCAUGGGAACUAUUGAAGUACAAAGAGGAAACAUGGAGAAAGCCAUUGACAUGUUCAACAAAGCUAUUAACCUGGCCAAAUCGGAAAUGGAGAUGGCCCAUCUGUAUUCACUUUGUGAUGCCGCCCAUGCCCAGACAGAAGUUGCAAAGAAAUACGGAUUAAAACCACCAACAUUAUAAAAUAGGGGGAAAGCAGACUGACCCUCUUUUUAAAAGUUUACCCCCUCUUCAACUGAACCCUAAAGACACUGUCAUGAACUGUGUUGAAUGGUGGAAAUUAGUAUUUCUGUUUGUGGUGUUGUUAUUUGUUACAUCUGUUUCAUGUCUAGGUGUUGUGGGUGUGGCUGUUGAAGGAAGUUUGCAGUCUUGCAGCUUUUAUUCCCUGUGCAACAAAAGAUUAGAACAUGUUAAAGGGAUAUUUAAAUAAAGUUGCAAAGAGUACAAAUGAUAAUUGGCCAUGCAAAUAAAAACUGAUUUGUUGAUUUUUUUUUUUUUAAUGGGGGUUGGGAGUUGAUUAUGUUCUGGAUGAUUUCGUCUUUUUAUAUGUGUGAAUAAUGUAUGUAAGUAUUUUACAGCAUGUUGAUUUUUAAAUUAACAUAGUAAAUGCUGUAAAAUAGAUUUAUAUUCAAUUAACCGCUUUCAGUUGAUUUUUUGAAAGAAACAAAGGUUCAAUGGGGGAUUAAAGUAAAAUUGAGAGACCCUUUAAACCAUUGUCAGCAUGCACAAUGCCUCUGAUUCUGCAGAGUUUUAGAAACUUGGUGGCACUUACUAAUCCUCUUGGCCCCUUUCUACUCUAAAGGAUAAUGUACAUUCUUCUUAAAGUCCACAACAGCAGAUUUUCUUACAGUAAAUUAUGCAGAUGCAAAAUAUUCUAAUUGAUAUAUAUGCUGGAAGACUGAGUAUUGAUGGGGGAGUGGACCAGACAAAGAGGUAAGAUGAAACAGAAGUGUGUUUAUAAUUGUCUGUAACUAUUUUCUAUAAUAAUUAGUACUAUUUAAUGGUGUGCUUUUAAAAGCGUAGGAUAGAGGGUACAGUGGCAUUGUAUAUACUAUUUAUAGUCUCAGCUACUUGGGAGGCUGAGGCAAGAGGCUUGAGACCAGAAGCUCAAGGCUGUAAUGUGCCAUGUGAUUGCACCUGCGAAUAGCCACUGCACUCCACCCUGGGCAAUAUAGUGAGACCCCAUCUCUUUAAAAAAUUUUAGAACUUUUAAAAAAUCAAAGUGCAGAUUGCUUGUAUGUAUAACCCAAAUAAAGGUAGAGUAAGUGUGAUAUAUGGGAGUAUUGAAAUAGCUUAAAAUUUCUAGUGAAGAAAAUGUAGCUAAAGGGUCAAAAAGGAUGUAAGACUUGGAGCCAGAGCAUAGUAUUUCCUGAAAUAACAAGUUUAGUGCUUUAACUAUGGCUACAUGUGCUUAAGGAAUUUUGAGCCACUUAUUUUUGAAGAUGCUGAGGACAUGUAGAAUGCUUUUUUUGUAGUGAGCUAACCUUCAUCUCUAAGGACUAACUACCCAACCAGGUCCAGGUCUUCACUAGGGAUACUGGUAGCAGUGUUUUAUCUUUACUCUGCCUCCUUACUUAGAAAUCACUUUAAGAUUUAUUUCCAAUUUCCACUUUUAUAGACCAUCCUUUUGCUUAUAUGCUAGAUUUUUCUGGUGAGGGAAGGGUUGUGUUCUUCAGUGGUCUUUUGUUUUGAAAUACUCAGGAUGGGGAGAGGUUUAUUUAAGAAGGAAUUAUAAUUAUGGUUUACACUGUUGGGAGUAAAGGAGCAUUUUUACACCCCUUAAGGGUGCUUAAUUCUGUUGAAACCAAAAAGAUUUGUCUACAAAUGCUAUCUUUUUAAGAAACUAUUAGAAAUGACUCCCUUUCAAAGUCAAUCUUUGGAAAAUAUUGGGGAGACCACUAAUUAGUUGGUGCGGUUAUUAUAAUUCAAGAUGAUUUGGAUGAUGGAAAGUUUGAGACCUCUGCAUUUUGUUUUUAAAUUAUGCACCUUCUGAUAGGCCCCGAAUACAGAAAUGUUCUACAUCUCUGGAUGAUCUCUGACUUUAAAAAAGUUUUUAUUUGCAUGGCUGUAUUUACAUUAACACUGACAUUUUCUUCUACUCUUCUCCCUUCUUUCACCUUGGGGUUGGGUAGAGAAACACAAAGGAAACUGAAGCAUGUGCCAUUCUAUACUGUCAUUCCAAAUUCUCAUGGACUAUAUUGCCUGUUGUGAAAAUAUUUGAAACGCACUGAAAGCUGCAUCUGUCUGUAUCUUUCUUUUGUAAAUGACCUCACAUGUAAAUUCACCAAAUAAAUAUGACAUUCAA